CGUCUGCACUUCACAAAUCUUCGUUCUCGAGCGGCUGUUCUCCCGCGAAUCUCAUCUCGCUGCAGCUUCGUUCGUAAUUUUGCCAUCUUCAGCCACUUGAGCUACGGCAAUAUCGGCCACAAGCACAUAGCCAUUGGCAUUGGAUAAAAGACUUAAACUAUAAGAAGCCGAGAAACUUGUACAGAAUUAGCAAGAAAUCCUUCUUCAAAAGAAUUUGUCCCAGAGUGAUCAAACAGCAAGCUGUCUUCCAUCAGAGGCAUGGUAUUCUAAUAAGUCAGCAACAUUAAAAGUGGAGGAAAACAUGUAUUGAGAAGGGAGGUCAAUAAGCAUUAAGACCAAUCUUCUGUAGUACUGUAAAAGAUGGGAUUUGUCGGAGUUGGUCCUCAUCCUCUUCACUCAAGCUAUCUAUUUCAAGUAAUUGAGGCCCCUCUAAUGGAGGGCUAAAUGGCCGGUUGAAGUUUCUUGGAGGUUCUUGAAUAUCCUGAGAGCUUCUUGAACUCUUCUUGGUGCUGGAAAUUGUUGAACUUGCUGGGGCGGGGAGGAGGCAGCAUCGGUGUGAUAUUUUGGUGGUGGUGGUGUUUCACAUAUCAGUGGGGAUAAGUAUUGAAGGAUAAGUUUGGAAAUGAGUUCAGAUAGCAGGAGUCGAAGCAGGAGCAGAAGCAGGAGCCCACUGGAUCGUAAGAUCCGGUCUGAUCGUUUUUCAUAUCGUGAUGCACCAUACAGGAGAGAAUCACGUCGGGGUUUCAGUCGAGACAAUCUUUGCAAGAAUUGCAAGCGGCCUGGCCAUUUUGCAAGAGAAUGUCCCAAUGUGGCAAUUUGUCACAAUUGUGGUCUCCCUGGGCAUAUUGCUUCAGAGUGCACAACAAAGUCACUAUGUUGGAACUGUCGAGAACCUGGUCACAUGGCAAGUAGCUGUCCCAAUGAAGGCAUUUGCCACACCUGUGGUAAGGCGGGACAUCGAGCCAGGGAUUGCACGGCUCCUCCGAUGCCACCUGGGGACUUGAGGCUUUGCAAUAAUUGCUACAAGCAAGGUCAUAUAGCAGCUGAUUGUACUAAUGAGAAGGCAUGCAACAAUUGCAGGAAGACAGGCCAUCUUGCUCGCGAUUGUCCAAAUGACCCUAUUUGCAACCUGUGUAAUGUAUCAGGGCAUGUGGCCAGACAGUGUCCAAAGUCCAAUGUCCUUGGAGACCGGGGAGACCGAGGCAUCGGCAGUGGUGGUGGCAGUGGACGUGGUGGUGCUAGUGGUUACCGAGAUGUUGUGUGCAGGAACUGCCAGCAGCUUGGCCAUAUGAGUAGGGAUUGCAUGGGCCCUUUGUUGAUCUGCCAUAACUGCGGGGGACGUGGUCACCUGGCAUAUGAAUGCCCUUCUGGUCGGUUUAUGGAUCGUUAUCCUAGGAGGUACUAGUGAUUUAAAGAGCUAAACAUGGUUAGACCUUUGGAUUUUGCUUCGAGUUUAGACAAUUUGGGAACUAAACUCUAUAGAUUGCUCUACUUACUUACGUUGUAGUAUUUGCUUGUGCUAUGUACCAAACAUUGUUUUACGCUUAGAUGACGAAUUUUCAGUAUUGUUGAUUUUGGUUCUAUGUAAUAAGACUUCCCAUCAAUGAUUCUAGUUGUUGAUUUUCCUCGUGUUACCUUGUAUACUUUGAAUUAUGACUCAUUUUGAGAUGCUAGUUGUAAACUUUUGACUUACAUUAUA